AUGGAUAAAGAUUCCGAUAGUACCGUCACUUCGCUGGAUGAAAAUACCGAAAAUUUUUGUAACAAUCAAACCAGAGAUAUAUUGGCCGAAGGUAUUUUAAAUAUUUUUAAACCAGUGGUAGAGAAAUUAGACGAACGUAUACAAGCCACACGUCAGUCUCAAAUAGAACUAAAGGCCCAACUAGAUGUCCUGUCUAUGCAGUUAAGAGACAUUGAAAGAGCUCAACAUAACAUACCCGAGUUUUCCGACAAAGUAAAGGAACUAAUAAACGUAAAACACAAAGUGACGGUUAUAGCAAAUAUAUUGACUACAAGUCAGGAACGUUUAAACGGAUUGCAUCGUCUAAUAGAAAAGGAGCAAAGAAGAAGACAAGCUCUUUUAGACUCGGCUAUAAGCACAAAUAUAUCUUAAGAAUAAAAAUAGCGUCUAAACUAAA